CAUGAGUUUGAAACCAUGAGGAAGUUUAUGAUCGACAUCCUUAACACUCUGGAUAUUGGACUCAACGCCACCAGAGUCGGAGUGGUCCAGUACUCCAGCCAGGUCCGCAGUGAAUUCUCUCUGAAGGCCCACAGUAAGCUGGACUCCACGGUGAAAGCAAUCAAUCGGAUCAUUCCCCUCUCUCAGGGUACCAUGACCGGGCUCGCCAUCAAAUAUGUGAUGAAUAAUGCCUUCACCCCCGAGGAGGGAGACAGGCCAAAGGUCCCAAACGUGGCUGUGAUCGUGACAGAUGGACGUCCUCAGGACCGUGUGGCAGAAGUGGCAGCUGAGGCCAGAGAGAAGGGCAUUGAGAUCUACGCAGUCGGAGUUGCCAGAGCCGAUAUGACAUCACUGAGGGCCAUGGCAUCCCCACCCUUCGAAGAUCACGUCUUCCUGGUGGAGUCCUUUGAUCUCAUUCACCAGUUUGGACUGCAGUUCCAGGACAAGCUCUGUGUGAUCGACUACUGUUCGUUUGGGAACCACAGUUGUGAUCAUGAGUGUGUGAGUGUGCUCAACGGCUAUCACUGCCGCUGUAAUGAGGGCUACAGGCUGCUGGACGAUGGCAAGAUCUGCCAGGACAUGGACCUGUGUAACACAGUGGAGCAUGGCUGUGAGCACCAGUGUGUCAGCACUCCAGGAUCUUACUACUGUGUCUGUCCUGAGGGACAACUGCUGCAGGACGACGGCAAGAGCUGCGGCACCUGCAAGUCUGCCAACAUUGACCUGGUGCUUCUGAUCGACGGCUCCAAGAGUGUCCGCCCACAAAACUUUGAGCUUGUCAAAAAGUUUGUGAACCAAGUUGUGGACUCUCUGGAUGUGUCCCCUCAUGGUACCAGAGUUGGUCUGGUCCAAUACUCUAGCCGGGUCAGGACAGAGUUCCCUCUCAACAUGUACCACACUGCAGAUGAGAUCAAGGCUGCAGUCAUGAAGGUUGACUACAUGGAGAAAGGUACCAUGACAGGCCUGGCCAUAAAACACAUGCUGGAGAACAGCUUCUCAGAGACAGAGGGAGCUCGUCCUGCCAGCCGCAACAUCCCCCGAAUCGGCCUGGUCUUCACAGAUGGACGCUCCCAAGAUGACAUCACAGAGUACGCCAAGAAGGCCAAAGAAGCCGGUAUCACCAUGUAUGCUGUGGGUGUUGGAAAAGCUGUGGAGGACGAGCUUCGUGUGAUUGCAUCAGAGCCAGUGGAGAAACAUUUCUAUUACACCACCGACUUCACUGCCAUCAGCAACAUUGCUGAGAACCUUAAACUCAACAUCUGCCCAGAGGAAAGUCAGGGGGAGAUUGAGGUGAAGGACCCCUGUGCCUGUGAGAGCCUGGUGGAGUUCCAGCAGGCCACCAUGAACAGCCUGGAGCAGCUCACACAGAAACUGUCUGGGAUGGCGGCUCGUCUGGAACAGCUGGAGAACCAGCUUCUCUCCAGGAAGUAA